UUUUUUUUUUAUUGGCGUAUGGUCAAAACACUGUACGAAAUAUGUCUUGACAAUUUGAUAUCUUAUUCAGCUUAUGUUGAUAGUCUUACCACUGUUACAUUUGAACCUUUCAUGGUGGAUCUACUGAAUCAUAUCUUUACGGAUAAUUAUCUUAUGGACGAUUUGUCAAUGGAUAAUACAAGAAAAAGAAGUCAACGACAACAACAAUCAACAAUCAAUAUACCACAUCUUCUUGCUCGCAUUGGUGAUACUCAUGGACACUCAUUAUGUCAACCACAAUAUAUUCACUUUAGUUCUGUCGAAACUGGUUCUCAUGGUCCAAAAUCAUCAGAACAGUUAUCCUAUUUUUCUAACAGUGGAGCAACACAAUUCAUUACAAGGCUUGACUUAUCCAUGACAUGGAUAAAUGACAAUGAUAUACCUCAACUCAAAACAAUGGUGAAUUUGAAUGUAUUGGAUCUUACAGGUACAUUAAUUACGGAUUAUGGUGUCAGUCACUUGGCUCGUCUCUCUCAAUUAAAGCGUACUUCAAUGACUCAACAAGGCUUGCCGUAUUUGAAAAUUCUUAGUUUGGCUUAUAAUCGAAAUAUAACGGAUGGAUGUCUCAAACAUUUACGUAAUAUUCAUACUCUAUCUGGUGUGGAUCUCUCGACAACCAAUGUCAAUGUGGCAGUGGCUCGCUUUUGUUUGAAACAGUAUGGUUACAUCUACAAUGGUAACGAUAACAACCAAUCAGCUAUCAAACUUGGAUGUACUCCAAAAACAACAAUCAAUUUAAUGAUGACACGACAUGAUUCUAUUUUGGAUCAACAACAACGAAGCAAUCAUCAAAUUAUCGGUGAUUAUAAAGAAAAUGAACGCGAAUGGUAUUGUCCUCUUCACAAAUGGAGUCUUAUUACUUAUGGAUCAUCAUCAACGAAGGACAACAUGAUGAAAUAUCUUAUGGACGGAUCGAUUAAUCCAGGUUAUAGGAUACAUAAGAAUGAAAAAUUGAUGGCACUUUUGGGCAAUAAUUUCUUGACAGAUAAAGCACAGUGGCCUAGUAGUCAUUAUGGAUCUUGGCGUUCUUGGUGGAAAAAACAUGAUGGACAAAGGAUACUUGUGUUUACUCGACCCUCCUUGGAAAAUAGAAUAGGAUCAUCGACAUCAACUUUGACAAAACGACAACGACCUCUUACUGGCCCUUUACCUAUCAAGCGUACCAAGAACAUCAACUCUAUUCUAGAAGAAUUUCAGUGGUAGAUAGAUAUUUUUUUAUAUUGAACCCCUUCUUUCCUCUCUUGAAUCGGUUUAGCUUAGAUUAGUAUAUGUAUAUAUGUAUAUUAUAUGUAAAUAUUUUAUCAAAAACAAUAAAUUCAAUAAAGUUUAUAUAUCAUCAUCAUCCCAAACAUUUCUUAUGAACAAUAAAAAAA